CCGUCUUCCUCUCGUCUCCUCUCCUCCUCCUCCUUUCCCACCCGAGACCGGAGACCCGACCCGACCCGAGGGCUUGAGUUGAGCUUAGUCGGCAGCCAGUCAACUCUUGCACCUUGCCCCAGGUAUCGGGCGGGUUUUCAUGGAGGCAGCUUAAACCCUCGGCAAGCCCAGUCUCUCUCUCUCUCUCUCUCUCUCUCUCUCUCUCUCUGUGCCGCGCGGCAAGCCCCUCCCCUGCCUUCGCCAUGGCUCGCAACAAGGAAGCGUUGGUUUUGCUACUGGAUGUUGGUCCUUCAAUGCAUGGGGUGCUGCAGGAGGUCAAGAACAUAUGUUCAACUCUGGUGCAUAAGAAGUUGGUUUAUAAUAGGAGCGAUGAGGUCGGUAUUGUCCUCUUUGGAACUAAAGAAACAUGCAAUGAGCUUGCGAAGGAGCUUGGGGGCUAUAAGCAUGUGACAGUUGCACAUGAUAUUAAAGUUGUAGAUGAAGGGACUUCACAGGCUCUCCAAAACCUCCCAGCAGGAUCUGUCCCUGGUGAUUUUCUGGACGCUGUUGUUGUUGGCUUGGAUAUGCUGAUUAGGAAAUAUGGUAAUACCAAAGGAAAGCGGCGUCUCUGUCUAAUCACCAGUGCACAGCAUCGGUUAAGAGAUCCGCCUGAAGGGACUAAAGAAGAUCAGGUGGACACCAUUGCAGACCAGAUGAAAAGACAUGAUAUCAAGAUGGAGUGCAUUGUCUUCAGAGAACCGGGAAUCCAUCAUAAUGCUGUAAUGGAUGAAAAUGACUGGUUGUUGUAUCAGUUCAGGAAUAGAUCAGUAGCAAAGGUGGUCCAGGUUGACAGCCCAACAUCUCUGUUGGGUGCUCUGAAGACAAGAAAUGUGCUUCCAGUUACCGUCUUCAGGGGAGACCUGGAAGUGAGCUCCAAUUUUAAAAUCAAGGUGUGGGUCUAUAAGAAAACAGCUGAGGAGAAAUUCCCCACUUUGAAGAAGUAUUCAGACAAGGCUCCUCCAAGUGAUAAAUUUGCCUCUCAUGAAGUCAAAGUGGAUUAUGAGUACAAAAGCGUUGUCGAACCAGACAAAGUUGUUCCACCAGAUCAGAGGAUUAAGGGAUACCUUUAUGGUCCUCAAGUUGUCCCUAUAUCAUCUGCUGAAUGGGAGGCGGUCAAGUUCAAGCCAGAGAAAGGUGUGAAGCUUCUAGGAUUUACAGAUAGAUCCAGCAUAUUACGGCACCACUUUAUGAAAGAUGUAUGCUUGUUUAUACCUGAACCAGGUAACACGAAAGCAACUCUUGCAGUUUCCGCCAUAGCAAGAGCAAUGCAUCAAAUGAACAAGGUUGCUAUUGUUCGAUGUGUGUGGAGGCAAGGUCAAGGGAAUGUUGCUUUUGGUGUAUUGACGCCAAACAUUUCAUCAGUGAACAAUAUCCAAGAUUCCUUCUACUUCAAUGUGCUCCCAUUUGCUGAGGACAUCAGAGAGUUUCAGUUCCGAUCCUUUAGCAGCCUGCCAUCAUCAUCUCAGCCCACUGAUGAACAACAAGAAGCUGCAGAUAACCUAGUGAAGAUGUUAGACCUAGCACCACCUGGAAGAGAAGUCCUCAAGCCCGAGUUCACACCAAAUCCCAUGUUGGAGAGAUUUUACAGUUACCUUGAUCUAAAGGCGAAGCAGCCAGAUGCAAAUGUGCCACCACUUGAAAGAUGUCUAAGGAGGAUAACUGAACCUGAUCCUGAUGUCAUUGACCAACAAACGCCAUUAAUCCAAAAUUUAGGCAAAGCCUUUGAGCUGAAGGAGAACCCCAAGAAGAAGAAAGCACGAACACAGGACAGACUGGCAUAUACUGGUGCUGGUGAUCAAGCUAAAUCAGUAGCAGAGCCCUCUGCAGAAAAGGAUGGGGUUUUGGUGGUUUUAUAUCCUCCAACAGAGAAUAUCGGGGAGAUCAGAGAUUUACAUCCUGUUCAAGAUUUUGAAGCCAUGCUGGCAAAGAGAUCUAGCUCAACGUGGGUUCAAAAGGCAAUUGAAGAGAUGCAGAAGUACACAACAGCUUUGUUAGAAAAUUCCCGUGAUGGGGAUAAUUACUCAAAGGCACUUGAAUGUUUCGCUGCUCUGCGGAAAGCCUGCAUUAUUGAACAGGAACCAGAGGAAUUCAACCAGUUCCUUACAAAGACUUACGAAAGAUUGAAGAAGGGUGAUGUUGCCAAUUUCUUUCAGCUUCUGUCCUCGAAAAAUAUUUCACUUAUCAGCAAAGGGGAAGCACCUGAUAGUGAUGUGACUGAAGAGAUGGCAAGAAGUUUCUAUCUAAAACAAGAAGCGGCGUCUGAGUAGCACCUGAAAGAAACUGGAAGCGCAUUUGUGGGCUUGGGGAUCCUCAAAUCGGAUUGUGGAACUUUCAUCCUAACGGUAGCAUAGCCUAGCCCGUUGCAUGUGUCUGGCAUGUUUUGAGGCUUUCUUCAUGGAUGGAACUGGGGCUAAUGUGGCACUCUCUGGGUUUACCGUCUUGCUGCACAAUCUAUUGGAGUUCUUUAUGCUAGUAGUAUUUAGAGAUUCUACUGUGCUUCGAGUAGACUCUGCUGCACCGUUGGCAUUUUUUUUUUCCUUGACCGUUGUGCGGUGUACCGGGGGCUGUUUGGUUGCAGAAAGGAAUAGGAAUUCACCGGGA